CCCUGCUCAGAAUUCAUACUGGUAAAAGAAAAAAACUGUCAAUCAGGAUCGCAUAUUGCCUUUUCUGUUUCGUAUCGGACAACCUGCCCGUCAGGUGAAACGUAGAUCAAGCCAAGGACCUCAUUAGCACACGUACCGCAGCUAAUGGAGAAACUGACUAUAGCGUUGUAUAUUCACCCUCAGCUUUUUGGAGCAUUAUUUGUUCGUAUUUUCUCGUUGGAUAUAUUUUGAUUUCACACUUACAGGCCCAAGGCGUUUCAUACCGUGGCGAGUUAAAUGACUCACCAUCAAGAUGGGAGGCGAGAACGCGGUUUCUGGUGGAUUUCCGUUUGGGAAGGCAUCGGCAUCUUCUAGCAGCGGGCACCGUCCUCCUUUCGCGCCCGGGACUUCUUACAUGCAGCCGCCGCAACAUAUUAGGGGUGUGCCAAUACCGAUGAACAAUCCGGUUGUUCAACAUCUACAUCUUCGGGCCGCAACUACUGCCGCGCAGCAGCGUCCUGUUCAUCCUGGGACUGCAUAUGCACCGGAAGCGCAGCCGGAGAAGAUGCUACAGCAGCAACUUCCCAGGGCCCUGUCCGAGCUUCUUGACGAGUAUUUCUUUAGCGAGCAUGCUUUGCUGCGCCUCGAGCAAGGAACUGACACACCGGUGCUUGCGGACGUGGAGAGCGUCGAUUUGCGGGGGAAACGGUUUGUACGGAUACGGGGAAAAUCUGCUGCCCGCGAAAGACCACGAAGACCUGGCUCGGUUGCAUAAAAUCAGUGUCGUCCGCAACAACUCAUUCUGCAUUUGGAUUUGGUGCUUACCACAGGGAUUUAGCACUGAAUUACCAGGACGAUCGUUUGGUUUAUUUAAACAGCUAAAUCAGAGUACAGAAGAAGUAGAUCAUGCCGAAAUAGGGUACAACAAUUCCUCGUGCCAUACCAUCAUAACGACUCGCUCGCAGAAUGGGGCGUACUGAAGAAAAAGUGCCCGAAGCUCCGUGCUCUGGCCAUCACCAACUGCCAUCUACGGGAAGUGGCGCCGCCGCGAGCUUGGGAAGAGGCGGCAGAAAAUCUCGUGGUAAUGACAGGAUAGGGUUGUGUAUCUUGUUCUCUUUGUUUCGGGUUGGUACAGCUUCUUGCUCCAAGUAAAGCACUGGCAAGUUGGAAUCCUACGACGGAAGCAUAACUUCCACUAGAAAGACUACGCGAGCGGGAAAUAAUAGAAUGUUGCUACAAAAAGAAAAAAUCAAUAUCCAAGUAGUUUCGACAUCAUCUUCCGUACGUUAUUCUUAUUUUCCUACCCCGCACGACGCGCACCAGGUUCUUGACCUUUCUGCCAAUCCCUUGACGACGUUGGAUUUUCUGGCGGUGCAGGAGGGGUCGCAAGAACAGGCUUUUCCGCGGUUAUUUCACCUGAGCGUGGACCGCUGCGUCAAUAUCACCUCUUUUGCACAGGACAUCGCGCCGUACCUUCAGCAACUCCCGCAGUUGCGCGUGCUGGAGUGCGACAUGCUGCUCGAGUUCGAAAUAUCCUAUGUAAAAACGUCCCCACGCCAUAGUUGUAUUGCAAAUCUGCAUGCUGAAAUUGUUUCUCAUGCGGAGCCCCAUGAGAAGCAUUUUCCAAAUCCAAUCGUGUUUUGCAAUUUGUCAUGCUCCAAUCAGCAUUAUAUACAGGGUCUGUGAUGCUGCUGAGCUAGCUCAAACAGCACUACGCUACGAGUCCAAAUCUGUCAUGCAAGACAGCCAAAACUUGUGGAUUUGUCUAGCCAAUGCCCCAUCUUGACUAUGGGGUGGGGACGUUUUUACAUAGGAUACGAAAGCGACGAACACCGCCGCGUGGAGGUGUUCGCCGCGCUGCCCCACCUCAUCGCCUUCAACGGUUGCGACGCCGACGGGAACGCCAUCGACUUCGACGACGAAGAUAGGAAAGAGCACGACUCCCCCUCACUUGUCAUGCAAAGUAUCGCAAAUCGAAAUCCACUUCAAGGCCUUCUUUUACCGUUGGCAUCACAAGUUGCGGAACCGGGAACACCAGUACUGCUCUAUUCGGUGCGUGGAAGAAGUGUCAUGCGGAAACCACAUUUCUCGCAUUUCAAACAAUGGAUAGCCUAUCCAUAGGGAAGUGAGGGGGACGAGUUUUCUUGCACUCUCAUAAAAGACGAUGAGAACAGUCUGACCGCCGCGCAGCUGGCGAUGAUCGAAGCCAGCUUGGAAGCAGAUUCGGACGGAGAAUCGUUCGGCUCCGAAGGAGGUACGAGCAGCGGUGAGGACGAGGAUGAUCAGGGGAAACUACGUGGAAAUACUGCCGUCUCAAUCAGCGGUCGCCAAAAGAACCGCGCAAAGGCGGCGUUUGGCGCGGACAGACAGGGUGGCCAGGACCACCUUUUCGUCGAACAAAUGGAGCGACAGCCAAGGCGAAAAAGGAGGCGGGCCUGAAGUAAGUAUGCCGGCUAAGGCGGGUGGUUCACGGCGCGCGGCGGAAGAACGAGACCGCAUCACUUUCUUUCUUCGCGAACGCAUAGGCACCUGUGCUCGGGCUGCGGACGGCGAGAACGCGAAUUGUGCAGGCGGAAAGCACGUGAUACAGGAAAGACCCGAUGACCUUUCGAAGUGCACUUGUUCAACAGACUUUCGUAGUUCCUUCAGUCGACGGUCUACAAACGCAAAGGAAUUUUUGGACGCGAUUAUGAUGGUCCUUUAUGCUCGCCCAGCAGUAGAUCUACACAUCGAUCUAUUGAGCAAUCCUGUUUGAAAUUGUUGCCUACGAACAUA